AUGGCGACCCCCUCCACGAUGAACGCCGAUCCUGAGGUCAUCUUCAACGCCAUCCCGCCGUCGGCCGCCAGAUCGUUUCUGGUUCUCCUCAUCGUUAUGUGCAUGUGCCUCGGCGCGAGCACGAUCGAGUUGUUCAACCACAUUCGAUUCGACCUGCAGCUUCUUCGCAAGCCCGGGUGGACAAAACCGGCAAAGCUCAGUUCACGCGUUGCCUACCUGUGCUGUCGCUAUCUCUCGGUCCUCUGCCUGCUUCUGGUGGUUCUGUUCCUGUCGCUCAAGUUUGACAACUGCCAAGCUGUUCCCUGGACGUUCAGCCUGCUGAGCCUGGUGCUGCUCAACUCGGUCACGUUGGUCUUGGUGCAGAGGACCUUGGCGUUGUACUCUUGGAAGUCCAACGUGGUGUAUCCUGUAUCGGCAUUCUACCUUGUGGUGGUAGCAGCCUCGGCGGUGUGCAUCCCCUUCUACGGUAAGGGCUACCGCAUUCCAGGCUCUCAGUUCUGCGGAUAUGACACGAGGAGGUACCUCACGCGCACGCUGGUGGCCAACAUUGUAUACAAGACGCUCGCCAUGGCUCUCGAUAUAGUUCUGCUCUUGCUCAUGUUGCACCGCUUGCUUGACGGUGGAUUGUCUGCCAUCUGGCACAAGAAGCCGCAGCAGCUGUACUCGGGUUUGGCCGACCGCAGCCUAUCCAGCUUCCUCAUCCGUCAAGGUGUUCACUUUUACGCGCUGCAAUUGGCUACCGACAUCUUCUUCGUGUCGACGUACUUCACGUUGGACGAGCCUUCGUACCAGGUGCUCGGAACUGCCCUCGUGUUCUGCAUCCCUCCCAUCGCCGCUGCUGCUGCGUUCAGGGACAUGGGCAAGAAAGCCUCUCUCGUCUCGGCCAAGAACCCAAGCAAGAUCAAUGAGAUCAUGAACUCGAGCAACUCGCCGUCUGGCGACAACUCGGCGGGUUGGCGGGGAACGAGGCUUUCGGCGGCUGCGUCGAACGGUACCGCUCGCGUCCAGCCUUCCCCGGCUCGUGUCAACUCGUACGUGCUCCAAGCACGCAGCAAUCCAGGCAGCGCCGACGUCGCCCCACCGGAAAAGACCACCCGCGUCUCGUGGGGUGGCCAGCGUCAACCCAGCCACUCGCGCCAAGACCCCUGCGACGGCGUCCUGGUCACCAUCGGCACUGUCUCACAAAUCGAGGAAGCUGGCGAGGACUGGCAAGCAGGCUCGCCACGCUACUCAUCCGACAACCCGGACCCGGAAACGCUCGAGAUGCAGCGUCACUGGCCAAGACUCGCUUCCAAGACCACACUCGGUUCCGAGACCGCCCAUCAGUCGUCCGACGGCCAUAGCUCGAAGCACAGGAAGCACGUCGAAGCUCUUGGCGCCGACUUCGAACCAGUUCCCCUGCCGACGCUGCCCAGGCGAGCAGCAGCAGCGGAUGAUCCUUGCCUCUCUCCUCUGCACAGUUCCGUCGAGGCAGCGUCGAGCUCUUGGACCCCGCAUACACCCGAGAGCCCAUACCCCGAGGUGCUCUCGCCACGUUCGUUCGCCCGACAUUCCGCCACAUCAGAGAACACCAGAAGCAACAACGUCUCGCGACCACGAUUCCACGAACAUGAUAUUACAGAGGGGGACACCAGCCCGUGGCGAAGAUUGUAA